UUGGUGACGUGCAAACCCGGAAACAGGGUAACCUUCUGACAACAACCACCGUAAUGCUACCCGGUUUCUGAUGUUGCAGGCAAACAUGCCAACAUUUUCCACUUCGACGUCCUGAAAAAGGUUUUCAUAGCAGGAACGGGGACGCUGCAACACGGAUAUCAAGCAGUUUGGAGGAUCUUUAUCUGACUUAGCUCGUCAGAAACAGGUGGUUCUUCGUCUCCAGCCACCCAGUCACUGUGUUUCCAUCACCUUUCUGCGUCGACAUUUUUUAUUUACAUAGCUAUUAUUAGCGAGCUAGCUGGUGUUUAAAAUGGACAAGGGAGUGGAGGCAGCAGCCCGGGUGCCAGCCGACGCUGGGGCCGAGAGGAAGAGGAGGGUACACGGCAUGUUGAAGCUGUACUACGGUCUGAACGAGGAGGGGAAGGCCGCGGACCAGCCGGAGUCUCUGGACCCCUGCGACAUCAACGGGCCGCACUUCGACCCCGAGGUCUACCUCAACAAGCUCAGAAGAGAGUGCUCUCUUGGGGAGCUGAUGGACCAGGAGAGCUGCAUGGUGAAGCAGAUCCGCUCCUUGGACAGUGACAUGCAGACGCUGGUGUAUGAAAACUACAACAAGUUCAUAUCUGCCACAGACACUAUAAGAAAGAUGAAGAAUGAUUUCAAAAAGAUGGAGGAUGAAAUGGAUUGCCUCUCUGCCAACAUGGCUGCUAUAACAGAGUUCAGCGCUUGUAUCAGCGGCACUCUUCAAGACCAACACACACAGAUUACAAAGCUGUCAGGGGUCCACACUCUCCUCCGGAAGCUGCAGUUUCUGUUUGAGCUGCCGGCGAGACUGAAUAAGUGUCUAGAGCUGCAGGCGUACGCUCAGGCGGUGAGCUCGCACCGCCGCGCCCGCUGUGUGCUGCAGCAGUACAGUCACCUGCCCUCCUUCAAGGGAAUUCAGGAUGACUGUCACGCCAUCAUGGACAAGCUGGCACAGGAGCUGCGACAGAAGUUCAGGGAUGGUGGAUCAAGCGCCAAAGACCUAUCAGAGUGUGUGGAGCUGCUGCUACAGUUGGAUGAACCAGCAGAGGAGCUCUGUGAUAAAUUUCUGAGCCAUGCGCGAUCUCGACUGGAAAUGGAUCUCCAGGGCCUGGAAGCAGAGAUAAGACCGUUCCCAUCAACCCCAGUGGAGAGCGAAGCCCCCGGUGGUCCUGCCCGCAAGCCGUCGUCUGCUGUGGCUGCCGGAUCUCCCACUGAUAACUCCCCUAAAACUAGUGCCCUGCCCUCUCCCAGCUCCAAGACUGAUAUCCUGGAGUUCAUUGACAGGGGUUGUAAUGAAUUUGUCAGCAGCUUAUGCUUGGUAAUUACCUCUUAUCAAGAACUAUUUAUCAACCAUGCUCAGACGGGAGAGCUGGCAUCCAAAAAUAUCCCUCAGAUGGCAAAUGGCAAGCUGCACGCCUUUGUCGAUGAUUUGGCUGCUCGGUAUUUCUCGCUGGUGGAGCGGAGGAUGCAGGAGGAGAAGGGGGUGGGGGAUAACUCCCUCCUGGUCCGGGCCCUUGACCGCUUCCACCGCCGGCUCCAGGCCGUGGCCAAACUGCUGCCAGGCUCCUCCGUGCCGAACCAGGGAACGGAGAUUGUGAUCCGUGCGGCGACGGAGCGAGUCAAGCAGUACCUCGCUGCACUCCAGAGCUUCUACAUGGACAGCCUGACGGAUGUGAGGCAGGCGCUGGCCGCCCCUCGGCUCGCCGUGGCCGGGGCCUCAGUGGCGGCGGGUGGGGCCCUGUUGGGGGGGCCGGCCUCUGGCAGAGAUGCUCCCACUAGCCUGCCGGAGUUGCUCUCCUCUCUGUCAGCUUCUAUUCUCAAUCAGAUCAAGUCGGUGUUGGCAUCAGUCCACCUCUUCACGGCUAAAGACAUUACAUUCUCCAACAAACCUUACUUCAAGGGUGAGUUCUGCAGCCAAGGUGUUCGUGAGAGCCUGGUGGUCAGCUUUAUAAAAUUUGUGUGCCAGUCCUCUCGCCAGUUUUGCGAGAGCGCUGGAGACAAGGGAGGCUCGACUCCCCCAGCCCUUCUGUUGCUGCUGUCGCGGCUCUGCCUGGACUACGAAACCUCCACCAUCUCCUACAUACUCACUCUCACAGACGAACAGUUCCUUGUGCAGCACCACAGUCCUGUCACUGCAGUCACAACUUUAUGUGCAGAGGCCAGGGAAGCAGCUCAGAAAUUGCUGAACCACUAUGUCAAGGUUCAGGGCCUGAUCAUCUCCCAGAUGCUGAGAAAGAGCGUGGAGACCCGAGACUGGGUCAACACCAUUGAGCCUCGAAACGUCCGGGCUGUGAUGAAGAGGGUCGUGGAGGACACCACAUCGAUCGAUGUGCAGGUUGGUCUUUUAUAUGAAGAAGGGGUGAGGAAAGCACACAGCAGCGACUCCAGCAAAAGGACUUUCUCUGUCUACAGCAGCUCCAGGCAACAAGCCCGCUACGCCGCCAGCUACACCCCCAGUGCUCCCAUGGAUACUAAUCUGCUGAGCAACAUACACAAGCUCUUUUCUGAGAGGAUUGACAUCUUCAGCUCGGUGGAGUUCAACAAGGUCUCUGUGAUGACAGGAAUCAUCAAAAUCAGUCUGAAGACGUUCCUCGAGUGUGUCCGACUGCGCACCUUCGGCCGCUAUGGCCUGCAGCAGAUCCAGGUUGAUUGCCACUACCUGCAGAUGUACCUGUGGCGCUUUGUCUCUGAUGAGAACCUUGUACAUUUCCUGCUCGACGAGAUAGUGGGAAGCACCGCCCAUCGCUGUUUGGACCCUGCCCCAAUGGAGCAGAGUGUGAUCGAGGUCAUCUGUGAGCGAGGUUAAAGGCUCAGAGCAGAAGCAAAGCCUCACAGCAUCAUAUUACAAAUAACUGUGAUCAUGUGAAGAUUCCUCAAAAACUCUGUAUCACAAUUUGUUUGCCUUUUCUGUGGCGUUCACAUGGUUAGGGAAUUGUUAUUUUAAUGUUGAAUUUGUUCAGCCAGACCUUUGAAAUGGCGUCGUAUGAGAAAGAGCAGGAAGCACCAUCACAGCCCAUCUUUUACCUAUCUGCUGGGGAGAUACGCCUGGCGGAGAUCUGCACUCCUCUGGUUCAUACUGUGAAGAGUUUUGGUGUACAGACUUGUUGAGAAACAUUUGUCAGUGGUGGGUGGACCUCAAGAUUAAUGUUACAAGUGGGCAGCAAUCCCAAUCAUGAGGCGCUUCAAUGAAAAAUAAAUACUGCAUGAAAGGUUUACUCUCUUCAGUUCAAGGGGGAUCUGAUUAGAUUUAGGAAUUUACAUGUUACUCUCGAUAGGGACAAAACAGUAAAUAUUGUGUGUAGGGCUGGACGAUGUGGACAAAAUCAAAUAUCACAAUAUCUUUAACCUUGGUAUUGAUAUCGUGACCAUAUUGUUGGAAUGACUGAUGGUGCUUUCAAAGGAUACUUACCCACAAGAUUUUUUUAAUUAUCAGUCAUUACUAAUAUGGCCAUGAUGACCAAGCAGGUAGACAGAAAUAAUAAAACAGCUAGAGCAACGUAAUGAUUUCAGAGAAAUGCUUUUCUUUACUGUAAUGCAGCCUUUAAAACCAGGAAGACGUUACUUUUGCCAUAUCAUGAUUUUGCAAAAUCCGACUGAAACACAAUAUUGAAAUCACAAUAUUGAUAAAAAACUGAUACAUAUUGUCCAGCCCCUAAUUAUAUGAGCAUUAAUGUUUCCCAAUGCCAGAAAUAAAAACUCAACUAUUGUGUCUUGAAGAAAUCCAUGCCAUUCAUUGACAGGGAACUAGAUGGUUACAUCAAGCCAUCAUGCAAUGUUUGCCUUAAUUUUUCAGUUUUAUAAAGAAAGCAGUAAAUGUAUGCUGCUUCAGAAAUUACAUUCUCUCAUUCAGUGUGAAUGAUGACUUUGAAAGGCAGCAGUGAGGAGUCGGCUGCUCUCAGACGGUCCUGAGGUACAAGAAGUGAUUGUUCUGUGACUAAAAACUGACCUUUUCCUAAGAUGUGAGAAAACAUAAUGCAAAUCUGAAAAGCCUCAGUGGCAUCCCGCUUGAAGGAAAGGAGUUCUUGCACUGCUGAGGAGCGAUGUGCUGUAUAAAUCCUCUGUAAAUAAAGACUUUUGGGGGGUCCUGUGAUGACUAAUUCAAUUUGCAGUCUGAAUGUCAUCUGAUAAUGUAAUCUAACUCUAAAACCAAUUACAGGAAUAGCAGUGGGCUUGUCUCUCGCCUUAGAGUUUGAUUGUCUUUGCUUUUUUUUUUUUUUUUUUACUGUGUACUUGUGCUACCAGGGCAGAUUAAAAUGAUGUGUCAACAAUAAAGGAUAUGAAUGCAAGAUUU